AGAGUAUUGCCGCCGUCCAAAUAAUGUGAUGGAAAUUGAGGAGUGUCGUUAUUUACUAUUGUAAAGCGAAGAAAUAAUUAAAAAGAAUGUUUAAUAUCCGUGAUAUCCGUGGUAUUUUAACUCGAAGAAAUGAACAGUCUAGAAGCUCUGAUCCUGUGCAGCCCAAAACACCGGAAGAAGAAAUUGAAAAUAGUGCAAGCUCUGCAGAAGGUUUUCUAUGCCCACAUUGUUUUCUUGCAUUUCCUACUGCUGAUGCUCUUCAGAACCAUUAUGAAAGCAGUCAUUCUGAAGGAAUUAAUGAUGUUGGUGAUGGAAGAAAUAUGUUUAAUUGUCCUGCAUGUAAGAUGAAAUUAGGCAGUGAAAUUGAACUUCAGUCUCACUAUACAAGGCAUCAUUCUGGUUCUAAAGAAGAUUUAGAACUUGAAGCCAUGCAUUUACAAGUGAAAGCCUUAGAAGAAGGAAAAGCCUUAUUGCAAAGUGAAUUACAGGCAAUGCGAAUGCAGUCAUCUGAAAUCAUGAAGGAAAACGCAAAAAUCAGAGAAGAAAGAGAUGCAUUAGAAUAUAAAGCUGCGAAACUGGCAGGUGAAUUAGCUGAUUUAAAAGCUGACUUAGAUGAGCUUAAAACUAAAAAACUUUCUACUGAAUCUGCUCUAAAGCUAUCUGAGGAAAAAAUACAUAAGCUAGAAGUAGAAAUGCAACAAAGACCUGAAGCAGAUGAUGUAAGUCUAUUACAACAAGAAUUAGUCUCUGUGCAAAAGAUGAUGGAUCAGUUAACUUUACAGAGAGAAGCUGAAAAAGAUACUUUACAAAAGCAAUGUAAUAAUCUGAAAGAAACAUGUUUAAAACUGCAAGAGAGAAAGACAGAACUAGAAGGUAUCUUGAAAUCAUGUCCUAAAAAAGAAGAACUUGAAAGCCUACAAGAAAAGAUAUCACAAAUGUCUAUAACUAUAUCACAGUUACAAAAGGAUGUCCAAGUCAAAGAAGUGGAGAAAAGUAAACUGUUAAUCUCACUGGAAAAGUAUGAAAAUUAUGAUGAAAUUAAGGCACAGUUAUCAGAAACUCAAAGCAAUCUGGCAGAAAUGCAAAGAUUAUCAUCUGAAAAGGAUUCAUUAAUUAUAAAGCUGAAAAAUGAAUUGAAAACAGUCAAAGAAAAUGUAGAAGAAAUGAAAGUUGGAAGAGAACAACUUUUUUCUAAAAUAGAAGAAGGUGAAGGGGCCAAUGCUGCUAUGCUACAAUUGAAAGAAGAAAAUGCACGCCUUCAAGAACAGUUUUUACAUCAACAAACUCUUUAUGGUCAAAUUGCUCAUGAGACUGAAAGUAAAAUGGGUGAACUUCGUUCAUCACUGAAAAUGGCAAUGAUUUGAACUGAAAACAAGGAGGACAAAUAUCUGGGACUCUGGCAAAAUUUUGUUCUAUUGGCGCCCUGGUAAAAGCUGUGAAGGACCAUCAGUAUUGUCACUGUCUUCAAAUUCUGAUACAGUUAUAUAAUAUUUUGAAUCAGUUCCCAAUUCUUCAACACUUAAAUCCUCUUGUUCAUUUGAGUUAUGCAUUUUACAAAUAUUAAACACGAAGAAAUGGUCAGCAGGGAAACUGAAUCCUUUCAAAACAUGUUCUAACAGAAUUUUUUUUCUAAUUUGACUAUACAGCAGUAGUAUGCAGAUACUACUGCUGUAUAGUCAAAUUACAGGUAUUGUGCUGCCAUCUUUGAAUCUACAUUGUAAAUAAAAUUGAUAUGGUUACAAUAAAACCUAGAACUCCCAUGGCCAUUGUAUUAAAUGUGCAGCCCGUGUGAGAUACAGGCAUGACAAAAUUUAUUCAAAGUGAUUGCCCGUAUAACAGACUGAUGCGACGACUCAAGGCCCGUCCACAUGAGUAUGCUUGCGACGUAGUUGAUGCAACUCUUUUUUCGCCGGCGUAAAUUUGCGUUACGCAGAAGACGUAAAACUGAGUUCACUCCUGUUCAGCUUUUACAUCCGUAAUAUGAACGAACAGCCUAUAGCCGACUGAGUUCUUAUCACGUGUCAUAAUUGGAAAAUCUUCUUCUUACCCGUUUCAAUAUGGCGUCAGAACCACACAGAGAUGAGUUUUUGCUUAGAAAUAUUAUAACUGUAUACAGCAGUAAAAUAAUCAGCAUUGUUCAUGCCAUCCUCAGAUUUAUCAAACCAUAUAUAUUGGUAUAAAUUUCAAAUUCUCAUUAAAGGGGAAAAGUAUAUAUUUGUAAAGCAAUGAUUCGACCAGUAUAUC